AUGGAGGGACCAACAGAUCUGCCAUUGAAAGAUGAAGCCAGUCAAUUAAGAAAAAUGCAAGAGGGUGAAAGCUCCAAUGUCAAAGAAUCAGUGAAGAAGGCGAUUUUGCGACCAGAUGGAUCUGCAAUUGAAGGUGGAUCCGCUAACCAGAUGAUUUCACCAUCGAUUUCUGAUGUAGUUUAG